AACAAAUAUGAAAAUCUUCGCCGCAUUCGCGCUGAUCGUUGCCGUGGCUUCGGCCGGCGUCAUCAAGCCAAUAAGCAAUGAGGAGGCUCAGAUUCAGGCUAUCAUCGACGCCAUCCAGAGCCCCAGCACCGACCCCGCCACUGCUAUCCUUCUCCAGCAGCAGCUCGCUCAGAUCCUCGGCAUCGCUCCUCCCAGCCCCAUUAUCGUUGACAUCGCUGACCCUGUAGCUGUCGUCGAUGAAGCUAUCUCUCCCGUCGAGGUAGUCGAAGAAGCUGUUGUUGCCCCUAUUGUUGUCGUUGAUGAAGCUGCACCUGCACCUGUUGCUCCCGUUAUCGACCCAAGCCCCGCUAGCUCUCCUCUCGUGCAGGUUAUCCUGAACAUUAACGCCCCUGCUGGUGCUGUCGAUGUCUCCCCCGCCGGGGACUACGAGGUUCCUUACAUUAGGCCCCCAAUUGCCGUAGUUGACCCUAUUGUGCCUGAACCUAUUGUCUUGCCCCCUACUCCCAUCUUCCCCGUUCAACCUGAACCACCUACUCCAAUCUUCCCUGUUGUGGUUGAACCUGUUAUCGUGCAACCUGUCUUCCCCGGACCCGUUGACCCUGUUGUCCCUGAACCUGUAAUCGUGCCCCCUACUCCCAUCUUCCCAAUUGUGGUUGAACCUGUUAUCAUUCCCCCUACCCCUGUCUUCCCCGUGAACCCCGCGCCAGUAGAUCCCGCUGAGCCUGACCUUGUGAUCAUCGGCCCUGGUUUCGAGACAAUCCAUCCUGAACCAGUGAUUAUUGGCCCUGGGUUCGAGACGAUCCCGGCGCACUAAUCAUUGACCCUGAUUAACAAGCUACCUAUGGUUAUCUCUGAAAUAUAAGACGUGUAUUGAAUAAACGACUUUUAUAUA